AGCAGAGGCGCUAAAUGCCACACAAAAUUACUUAUCCCAAAAGACAUGAAAGUGUUUCAAUAGCCGAGCACCUUCAUCAGAGAGUCAUGCCGCCUUCUUCUGAUGCUGCUGCUUCUGCUACAUCUACAAAUGUUUUUGAAAUUGGGAAGUACAGGACGGUGCUGCAAACAGUGGAAGCUGAUAUUUGCAGAGCAAAGUCAAAGCUUCCAAUCCCACCACCGAAACCGCUGUUGGUAGGGAUGCCAUGUGAAGCUGGAGAAUUCCCACUACUCGUCUUCCUCCAUGGUUACUUUCUCUAUAACUCUUUUUACUCUCAGCUUCUCCAACACAUCGCUUCCCAUGGAUUCAUCGUCGUCGCCCCUCAGUUGUACACCGUGGCUGGAGCAGAUGCAACAGGUGACAUCAAAUCCACAGCAGCAACAGCAAAAUGGUUAUCGGAAGGACUCCAAAACGUGCUUCCGCCAAAUGUUCGACCAAAUUUAAGAAAGCUAGGACUUGCUGGCCAUAGCCGUGGAGGCAAGGCCGCUUUUGCACUUGCCCUUGAAAAAGCAGAGACUUGUCUGAACUUCUCUGCCUUGAUAGGCAUCGACCCAGUUGAUGGAAUGGACAAAGGGAAGCAAACCCAUCCACCAGUACUCACCUAUGUUCCUCGUUCAUUCGAGCUCGAUAUGGCUGUGAUGGUUAUCGGUACGGGCUUGGGUGAAAUGAAAAAGAAUCCUCUAUUGCCUGCUUGUGCUCCCAAGGGUGUUAAUCAUGAGGACUUCUUUAAUGAGUGUCGAGCACCGGCUUGUUAUUUUGUUGCCAAGGACUAUGGUCACCUUGACAUGCUGGAUGAUGACACCCCCGGUAUUAGAGGGAAAGUUUCGUACUGUUUGUGUAAGAAUGGGGAGUCUAGGGAACCCAUGAGGAGGUUUGUUGCAGGAAAUGUGGUUGCAUUCAUGAAAGCUUAUCUGCUGGAUGAUAAUAGUGACUUGAUGGCUAUAAGAGAGAGGCCUGAGACUGCACCGGUGGAGCUCAGAAAUAUUGAAUUUCUUGGGUCGAAUUUAAAGGGAAAUGAGAAGUGUCCGGGGCCAUUCUUAGAGGAAAAUGGGGCUGCGCGCCUCUGACAUUCCUGGGGCUGAGAUUGAGUAGCUUGGUUUGGUGCCAUGGGAGUUGUAGUUUCGCUGGAAUGCUCCAGAUCAAUCGGUAUGUGUUUUUUCAUACCAGUUAAAAGAUCUAGUCGGUUUGUUGGAUAAUGGACAAAUUGUUUUUGGUAAAAUCCUAGCACGUAUCUAGAUGUUGAAAAGUUGUCUCAAUUCAACAGUUGAAUGAAUGCAAAAUUAUACUUUACAUUGAGAAUUA